AAGAGCCACCAGGAGUCCCAAUACCAUCAGUUUUUAGGAGUGUAAAGUUUUAAAUUAAAAGCAAAAGAUGAUAAUAGUUUGGGUUCUAUUGUUAUGUGGUGUUUUGAAUUCUAUGGCAGCUGAGGAUGAUACUCAGGCAGUUGAUCCAACUACAGCCCGUAACGAUCCUCUGGAGGAGGCCGAUGAACUGGAAACCUCCACCCUGAAGGCAUAUCUCGCCCAGUACGACCGACAGUGCAGUGGGAACAGUGAACUGUCCAGCUGGCUGGAAAGAGUCCGGCGGGCUUCCAAAAUGAGCAAAUACAAGCUGGCCGAGAAGAUUCAAAUCCGGAUCGGAUUUGAGGUCUAUAACGAGAGACGGAUAACGUUGGAGGCGGAAAUCGAUGAUCGGAUCGAGGAUCUGGACAGUCUCAUUCCACAGCAGGAGCCCAACAGCAGGUGCUCCAUUUUCUACCAACGACAGAGGAAUCUCCUGAAGAAAGCCAAGACCCUUACGAACGACAAGAAGGAGCAGAAGUUGAAGGAGAAUUCGGUCAGUUGUCCUUUUGAGGAUUACGAUGAUCUUCGGAAUGACAAGGAAGAGAUCGAGGAUGUGUCGGAAGAACCUCUUCUAGUUAAUAAUGGAUGCUAGGAUAUCUGUAUCCUUUUCUUUUUUAAAGUGGUGUAGGGUAUAAAAAUGAUUUAAAGUCUCCAAUCUCCUAAAGAAACCUCUGAUCCUUUCUAUUCCUCCUUUCCCCUUCUAAAUAAAAAAUCUCCUUUUCCGAUAAA